AGGAAAUCAAGAAAACUCAACCAUCACAUUUUACCAUCAGAACCUUCGAAACCUGGCCAGAAUUAAAUCAAACCAAGCCGAUCGAUACCAGAAAUCAAUCUGACAAUAUGGUUCAACAAGAUACUACCACUGAAAAAGGAACACCAUCAGCUACUUAUACCUGGUCUAACCCAUCUCAAAGGCCAAAACAAAUUGAAGAUUUGAUUUUAGGUGUAGAACGAUAUGAUCCAACUCAAGUUCAAGUUUUAGAAGAUUAUUUAGCAAGUCAAUUUAAUGAGGUAUUUUAUGACCCAUUAGCCAAUUUGGCAACUCUGAAAUUAUAUCAAUUUAAUCCUGAUUUAGUACCACUUGCGGCUGAAAACCCAAGUAACCCAAUCGAAGCUAUUCAUGAUUCUGUUACGGUUAAGAUCUUGUUAUUGAGUAUCGCUCAUCGACCAUUUGAUAGUGAUUUCUCAUUAGGUUUGAGUAUGUGUGGAGAUCGAAUGUCUACGUUAGUCACCCCACAAGGAACCUUAACAUUGAUUAAUUUAUUAUCGAAACUAUCAUCUACAUUACAAUCAAGAAAAUUCAAUUUAUUUUGGAGUUUAUUAUCUAGUUCCGAAUUUGAAUCACUUUGGCCAUUGAUUUCAAUCAUCAAAGACUUUGAUGGAUUGAUUAGAAGAUCGAUUAGUCAAAGUGUUUCGAGUUGUUUUAGAUCGAUUUCUUUGAUCAGAUUAAAAUCUUAUCUUGGUUUAAAUGAUGAUCAAGAAGUUAAAGAUUGGAUUAAAGAGAUCGGUUGGAGUUUGAUUGAAGUAGAUGGGAAUCUUAAAGCUAAGAUUCCUGAUAAUUCGGAUAAUCGUCCGGUCACUACUGUCACAAGGGAAAAUACCACUUUAGAAGACCUUCAACAAAUCUUGGCUAGAUCGGUUGUAGCAUAAAUUGAUUCUCCUAAACAAUCUUUUAACACAAAAAAAGGCUUGACCAUUCUAUUGGAAAUAGAACCUUACAUUCGAACUUUUCCUUUUACAAUCUCAACAAAGCUUUUCCCCAAUCAUUGCCAAAUCGUUCAAGAUUGCUUAGGAGUCAGCAGAUUUUCUGUUAGUGAUGUGAUUAUAGCAAUCUUCAUACAUCAUACAUUGGUCAUCUUUGUGACUCAAUGCUUUGGCUCUUCGGCAAUUUUUGAAGCCUAUGUUUGUUACGUCUUUUG